GCUAAUGUGUUGGUCUGAUUCAUUUGUGUGUAUAUGAAUGCAGACGCUUGUUAGCCAUUGAGGCUUAUUAGUUUAAUUCAUUCUAAUAAUUAUUACUCAUAGUACAUUUGUAUAUAUAAUUCUAUGUACCUGUGUGAGUGUGGAUUAUUCAUGUGUGUUUAUUCCUGUGGUGUCUAGACUAUGGAAGUAACCUAGUGACACCCAGAGAUGUGUAGACCAUAGUAUAUAACCUUAAAGGGCUAAUACACCAUAUUUUAGAACCUUAAAGGGCUAGUCCGCCGUUUUAAUAUAAGUUACUCGGUGACACAUUGAGGUGUCUAGACCAGUUUUUCUCAACCGGGGGUCCGCGGACCCCUAGUGGUCCGUGGUGUAAUUGCAAGGGGUCCGUGAAAAUAAAAUAUCUUUAAAAAAAGAUCCUAUGACAUUUAUGGAAAUAGGAUUAUUUUACUCACAUGUGACUGAGACCUUUAUCUACCUAAACUAUAAAGGGUAACAUGACUUUUUUUCUCUUAUUACAUCUGUUUCACAAGUGUAAUUUAUUGUAUUUUAAUAAGAGAUCUCGCUCCCGUUUGCAUUGUUAAAAGUUACUGCAUAAAAAUUCUGUUGUUACAUAUAUCUGAAAGUUACUGAAUACAUAUUCUGUUUUGCUACAUAUAUCUGAAAGUUACUGAAUACAUAUUCUGUUUUGUUACAUAUAUCUGAAAGUUACUGAAUACAUAUUCUGUUUUGUUACAUAUAUCUGAAAGUUACUGAAUACAUAUUCUGUUCUGUUAACUAUAUCUAAGUUACAACUGAAAGCUCUUAUUUUUGCCCCAAAGAGUGAAUACAUGCUAUAAUGCAAUUUAAAAUGCAGUUUCUACUGUUUCUGUUUGAGAAAUAGAAAACCUACACCAGUGUUUACUUAUCACAGACUAGGACAGCCUAGUGUGUCUGGUAGAUAAGCAAAUCAGACAAGUCAGUAUAAAUAAAUAAAUAAAAAAAAAAUAUAUAUAUAUAUAACUUUUGACAUGUUACAAUUGUUAUAGCUAUUGUGAUUUUAGUUGUCCUGUGAUCACCAGACAUAGAGUUACUGUAGCAUUAGUGUUUUAGAACACACCAGUUACCACCAGGGAUAUUACUGUUACAAAGUUAUUUGCUUUUAGUCGGAUACUAUAGCUCCCCGGCCUCAAGACGGAAGAAGCAGUGGAUUCAAGUGCACAUUAUUUUCUGCAAACAUAUACCAUUAAUAGGAGAUGUGUGUUAUAUGUUAUGACUGAUUACAGUACAGUAUCCAGAUUGACUCCUGCUUAGUAAUAACCUAUCUUUUCAAUUAAAAGUUAUGCAAUGUGGACUGGUAGAUUUGUUAUGUCGAGACGCCAUUAUCUUUUUGAGGGGAGAGUGUGGGGUACUUCGGAUUUAGUAGCCCCCCAUUUAUUUUUUAUUUUAUAUACUUCUAUUUUAUAUACUUACCUUCUAUUCUAUAUACUUACCUUCUAUUUCAUACACUUACCUUCAUUGACCACUCACUACUAGUAAAGAGGAGAAUUGUCUGCUGUGUUGUUGUGAUAGCCGGUUCUCGCCACAGGAGGGCACUGCAGGUUAAUUGCUUCUAGCCUGUGUGACGUAGUGCUGGCUCUCGCAGUGCACUCUGGGGCAUUCGGGUAGAAUCGUCAGAUGAGUGUUGCCUUUCGUAUAGUGAGUCAUGCUCUGAAAACGUGUCCUCUGUAAUGUCUAUUUGACAGAUGGAGUAAAACAACAAAAACAUCAGCCCUUGUAAGUGUCAUUCUUAUCAAGUGUGCUACAAAUAUUGAUGGAGUAAAACAACAAAAACACCAGCCCUUGUAAGUGUCAUUCUUAUCAAGUGUGCUGCAAAUAUUGAUGGAGUAAAACAACAAAAACACCAGCCCUUGCAAGUGUCAUUCUUAUCAAGUGUGCUACAUCAUUCUGUUGUGUUGUGUAACCUUGUGACUGAAACCCUGUACAGCUUUGUUGUUCGAGUAGAUCACCCCCAUGUAUUGCGUCACAUUUCUGUAAGUGCUUGUUUCUGUGUGAGUUCAAUAAAGGGGCUGCAAAGUUACCUUCGUCGUUGCUUCUACGUUCGCCACAGUACUUUUAAAACCAAAUCUCUCUCUCUCCCUUUUUUUUCUUUUUCUGUCUUUGUUAGAUUUACUUUCACUUUGGCGCCUCACAGCAGAAGUGUUUAGCAGCAGGGGAAGUGAAAGUGGAUGUAUUUCACAACAACACAACAGUCUCAUAGUGGAACAUUCUUGCGCAGCUUGGUUUCAGUGGGUCUCUGUUGCUGCUUUCGACGCCUCCCUGCUUCAUUUCGCGGACAACCAGAAUAAUGUCCAUUUCUCCCACUGGUCUUCCAUCCGAGAGUGCACCAUGCUGUGAUUCCCCAGUUAACCCACAAUUUGAAAACUGUAUCAUGCCUCGCUGGAGUAAAGUCUCUAUCAUAUGUGGUGUCCAGACAGAACCAACAGCAGCCAACAGGUUGUAGUGUGUUGUCUCUCCUCAUUCUGCUGGUGAGGUCUACACUCUGCUAUGGCUUUGACUGAGGAGGAAGAGGAGGGAGGUCCUCCCUGUGAAGCCACUCUGCCUGGGAAACAUGACAGCCAGACCAAACCUAAGAGCCCAGUCCAUCAGGAGAGACCAGACUCCCCUGCGCCCGGCUGUGAACCCAUGAAGACAGACCAGUGUAUGGAAAUAGCUCUUACAUCCAAAGAUACUGAACAGAGCAGGACCCAUCAGGAGAGACCAGGCUCUAGUCUGCAGCCCUCCCCGGCUCUGAAGAGGGGGCGGAGCAGCAACUGGGACGACUCGAAAGAGGGGGGGCCAAGUACAAUUUGGAGAAAAGUGGGGAAGGGUGAAAAAAGAGAACAGGAGAGACCAGACUCCCCUGUACCCAGCUGUGUGUCCAUGAAGAGUGACCGGUCUAUGGGUCUACCUUGUACAUUCAGAGAUGGACACCCCUCUACUGAACAGAGCAAGAUCCAUCAGUGGAGACCAGACUCUAGUCGGCAGCCCUCCCCGGCUGGGAAGAGGGGGCGGAAGAGCAAUUGGGGCGAUUUGGAAGAGGGGGGGCCAAGUCCAAUUUGGAGAAAAAGGGGGGAAAAUGAAAAAAAAGAAAAGGAGAGACCAGACCCCCCUGUACCCAGCUGUGUGUCCAUGAAGAGUGACCAGUCUAUAGAACGAAUGAUUGGUUUCAAAGAUGGACCCCACUCUACUGAACAGAGAGACCACCAGGAGAGGUCAGAGGUUCUCAGUGGUCAGUCUGUCCAGGAGCAUCAAACAGACCUGGACUCCAUAUUUAUGCUGCUUGAGGAGAACCUUGUCACUUUUGUGAAGAAGGAGCUGAAGAGGUUCCAGAAGGUUCUGAGUUCAGAUUACCCAGAGUGCUUAGAGAGACAGAGGGUGGAAGAGGAAGAGGAGCAGAGGAGGAGCACCAGGGAGGCACUUCUGAAGAUCACACUGCACUUCCUGAGGAGUAUGAAGCAGGAGGAGCUGGCUGCCUCUCUGGAGAGCAAAAACCUUGUUCCCAUGUGCCGGAGUAACCUCAAAGCAGCUCUGAAGGAGAAGUUUCAGUGUUUGUUUGAGGGCAUCGCUAAACUAGGAGAGUCAACACUUCUGAAUCAGAUCUACACAGAGCUCUACAUCACAGAGGGAGGCAGUGGAGAGGUCAAUAAUGAACACGAGGUCAGGCAGAUUGAAACAGCAUCCAGGAAACCAGCGAGACCAGAAACACUGAUCACAUGUGAAGACAUCUUUAAACCCUUACCUGGACAAGAUAAACCAAUCAGAACAUUGAUGACAAAGGGAGUGGCUGGCAUCGGGAAAACAGUCUUAACACAGAAGUUCACUCUGGACUGGGCUGAAGACAAAACCAACCACAAUAUACACUUCACAUUUCCAUUCACAUUCAGAGAGCUGAACGUGCUGAAAGAUAAAAAGUUCAGCUUGGUGGGACUUCUUCAUCACUUCUUUAUCGAAACCAAGAAAGCAGGAAUCUGCAGCUUUGACGAGUUCCAAGUUGUGUUCAUCUUUGACGGUCUGGAUGAGUGUCGACUUCCUCUGGACUUCCAGAACAAUGAGAUCUGGACUGAUGUCACAAAGUCCACCUCAGUGGACGUGCUGCUGACAAACCUCAUCAAGCGGAAACUGCUUCCAUCUGCUCGCCUCUGGAUAACCACACGGCCUGCAGCAGCCAAUCAGAUCCCCCCUGAAUGGGUUGACAUGGUGACAGAGGUGAGAGGGUUCACUGAUCCACAGAAGGAGGAGUACUUCAGGAAGAGAUUCAGAGAUGAGGAGCAAGCCAGAAGAAUCAUCUCACACAUCAAGACGUCACGAAGCCUCCACAUCAUGUGUCACAUCCCAGUCUUCUGUUGGAUCACUGCUACAGUUCUGGAUCACGUGUUGGGAACAGAUGAGAGAGGAGAGAUGCCCAAGACCCUGACUGAGAUGUACAUCCACUUCCUGGUGGUUCAGUCCAUCCAGGGGAAUGUGAAGUAUCAUGGGAGAUCUGAGACAGAGCCACACUGGAAUACAGAGAGCAGGAAGAUGAUUGAGUGUCUGGGGAAACUGGCCUUUGAACAGCUGGAGAAAGGCAACCUGAUCUUCUAUGAAGCAGACCUGACAGAGUGUGGCAUUGAUAUCAAAGCAGCCUCAGUGUACUCAGGAGUGUUCACACAGUUCUUUAAAGAGGAGUGUGGGCUCUACCAGGACAAGGUCUUCUGCUUUGUCCAUCUGAGCAUUCAGGAGUUUCUGGCUGCUCUUUAUGUCUUUCUCUCAUUCAUCAAAACUAAAGCCAAUCUGCUGUCAGAAACACAGUCAACCUCCUGCAGGUCUAAACCACUUGGAGAUAAACGUAAAAAAACAGACCUUUACCAGACAGCAGUGGACAAGGCCUUAGAAAGUCCAAACGGACAUCUGGACUUGUUCCUGCGCUUCCUUCUGGGCCUGUCACUGGAAUCCAAUCAGAAUCUCCUACGAGGCCUGCUGGGAAAGACAGGAAGUAUGUCAAAGGCCAAUCAGAAAACAGUCCUGUACAUCCAGGAGAAGAUCAGUGACGAUCUCUCUCCAGAGAGAAGCAUCAAUCUGUUCCACUGUCUGAAUGAACUGAAUGACCAUUCUCUAGUGGAGGAGAUCCAACGGUACCUGACAUCAGGAAGACUCCCCAAACACCGACUCUCUCCUGCUCAGUGGUCAGCUCUGGUCUUCAUCUUAUUGUCUUCAGAAAAGGAGCUGGAGGUGUUUGACCUGAAGAAAUACUCUGCUUCAGAGGAGGGUCUUCUGAGGCUGCUGCCAGUGGUCAAAGCCUCCAGUACAGCUCUGUUGAGUUCCUGUAAUCUGUCAGAGAGGAGCUGUGAAGUUGUGUCCUCAGUCCUCAGCUCCUCCUCCUCUAGUGUGAGAGAGCUGGACCUGAGUAACAAUGAUCUGCAGGAUUCAGGAGUCAAGCUGCUCUCUGCUGGACUGGGGAGUCCACAAUGUAGACUGGAAACUCUCAGGUUGUCGGGCUGUCAGGUCUCAGAGGAAGGUGUUUCUUCUCUGCUCUCAGCUCUGAGCUCCAACCCGUCCCAUCUGAGAGAGCUGGACCUGAGCUACAACCAGCCAGGAGACUCAGGAGGGAAGCUGCUCUCUGCUGGACUGGAGGAUCCACACUGGAGACUGGACUCUCUCAGGCUGGACCAUGCUGGAGGGUGCAGGUUGGAGCCGGGUCUGAGGAAGUAUGCCUGUGAACUCACACUGGACCCAAACACAGCACACAGACGCCUCCUUCUGUCUGAGGACAACAGAAAGGUGACAUGGGUGAUGGAGGAGCAGUCGUAUCCUGAUCAUCCAGACAGAUUUGACUGCUGGACACAGGUUCUAUGUAGAGGGAGUCUGACUGACCGCUGUUACACGGAGGUACAGUGGGAAGGACUUGUUCAUAUAGGAGUGACUUACAGAGGAAUCACAAGGAGAGGAAGAGGUAAAGACUUUCCUCUUGGAUAUAAUGAAAAGUCCUGGGCUCUGUACUGUGAUAGUGGUAGAUACGCUGCCUAUCAUAAUUAUAGAGAAACAAAGAUAAGUAUCUCCCCCUCCUCUGACAGAGUAGGAGUGUAUCUUAACCGGUCUGCUGGAACUCUGUCCUUCUACAGUGUCUCCUCUGACACACUGACACACCUCCACACCUUCACCUCCACAUUCACUAAACCUCUCCAGGUUGGGUUUUGGGUGGUGUCAUGUGGCUCCUCAGUGCGUGUGUGUGUGUGUUAGAUAGAGGAGGUAGAGACGCCUCCUGUGUCCUGGAGGAACACUCACACUCCUGCCCAAACACACCUGCUGACAUGAUAGAUCACUCUGUACACACACACACACACACACACACACACACACAGGUGUAGUUGGAUCAAACCUGUUUGUGUUAUGUGGAAUAUUAAAUCAAUGAGUUUUUUUAAGCAGGUAGAACCAAGUUAUUAAAGUUAUACAAGUCACUUUUAAUCCUGCAGCUUUUUACAUUAUUCUUACAAUAGAAUACGUAAAGUAGAAUAGAAUAGAAUCAUGUUGUUUUUCUAAAGGCGCUUCAUCAUAAUAAAUAGCUGGUAAUACUUUUCA